AUUAUAUGGAAUACAUAGUACUCAACAUAUUUACAGUACUGGUAAAAUUUAAGUACUAUAAUUACCAGUGUCUAAAACAUGUGAAUACUAACAAGCGUGAAUUUGCAAAAUCACCGCAAUAGAAGGGUAUUGUUGCAAAAACUGGCUUGCACCAUUGUUUCACCCUCAUUGCAAAUUCCUGCAACAGCAGGCAUGCUAUUGCAAAUGGCGAAGGGAUAAGAAUUUUCGACGUUCCUCCAUCUCUCCUGGAGUCCUGGGGGGUUCCUGUUUAGGAUUUCUCCCGUAACCGCCGCGUGCACGAGACAGGAGGCGGCGCGACCACGGCACCAACGAGCGCGGCGCAUGGCCGGGCACAGGCGGGGGCGAGCCCAGCCGCGGCCAGGUGCGAGCGGGCUCGGGCGAGCGUUGUCGCGGCCAGGCGCAGGUAGGCUCAGGCUGGCGUGGCCAGGCGAGAGCCUCGACGCAGGCGGCCGAGGGCGAGGCCUCGGGGCGACCGACGGGCGGAGUGCGGGCGGCGCACGUAGGAGCCAGUCGCGGAGCGCGGUGCACGGAGGAGCCGGGCGUAGGGCGCGGUGCACGGUCGCGCAGGGCGGCCGGACGCGGGGCGGCACACGGAGGAGCCGGGCGCGGGGCGCGGCGCACGGAGGCGGCGCAUCCACUUGUGCAGGCACCUGUGCAGAGCCGCGUCGGGGCCGCGCCAGUGGCCGGUAGCACUGCCCUCGCUGUGUGCACUUUCGUCUCUCCCAGAGGCCGAAGGUCAUGGCUGCGUCGUGGGCAUCGCCACCGUUGCAGGCUGGGCACCGCUGCCACAACCUGUAACCAGAGCCUCUCGCGCGAUGGAGACUGGGCCGGGAGGCUAGGGAGCCCUGAAUGCCAAAGGUACUAGUUCCUGACGAUAGCUUUUGUUGUUUGCAAAAGUAAAAUCGGAAAUUAGCACCGCGUUCAUGUAGUAAUCAGUUCUUCUGCCUUCGAUUUCUCUCUUUCUCGAGGCCAAUCAAUCCAGCGCAAGGAUUUUCUUGGAGCGUGUAAGUGAAGAUUGGAACCGCCGGAGUUGCUGCCCAACUACGAUGAUAUCCAUCACCGCCUCACCGGGACAUGCUGCCUCGCACGGCUCCGUCGACCAGAGGGAGGAUUCGAGGAGCGCGAUGCCUUAGAAACGCUCUGCGCAGAUCGUGCUGAUAACAUGUUCGGAGUAAAACAAGAGGCAAGACAAAAGAUGUAAAAAUGAAUCGUUGUUGUUGAACAUGUGUACAUGUAUGUAGGUUCGUGUUUUGUAUGCGGUAGAUGUAGUGUCUUUCUCCCUUUGUAUUUACCUGUAACUUGGGAGACAAACACCGAUCGCAUCCCUUUACCUAUAUAUACGUGCCUAGUGCAGGAUCAAUGAAUUAUCGAUGCAUACAA